CUUCCUCCAAAAAUACAAAAUCAGAAUACAACGCGGGUGUCUCAGGGCCAGCAGAAUCCACACAGUUCUCUCAGAGAGUCUGAGAGAGGGAGGUCCCGUGAUUGGUGUUUCCAUUGGGAACUGCCCUGGUUACCCUGGUAAUCCCGGCCACGCGACGCCACUUUAGGAGAGCCUCGGGCGUUUGUUUACAUUGAGCUUGUGUUGAAGCUAGAUUGAGCCGCACUCCGCACUCCGAGCAUCUCCACUCCCAGCAUUCUACUUACCUAGUACUGGUAACCUUGCCCUCCACCUCCAACAUCGCAUUGCCAGUGCAAAUUACAAAUUCCACCCCAAGAGCUCGACCCCACCACAGGCACCGCAGGCUGAAGCCUCUGCCAGACACUCAUCAUGUCUCCCCCUCGCCGUCGGUCUUCUAGACUCAGAGGAACUCCCAAGGUAGGUCCCAGGUCCGGAUAAACAAACCACCACCACCACCAGAUCUGUCUUUUGGAUUGUCCACUAACAGCACCGCUCUAGCCAUUCCAACAUGUCGCCAGCAACCUCGGAUCCCUUGAAGAGCGCGAGGAGACUCCAAACAGUGCCCGAUUCAACUUGGACUCCUCUGCUUCCUCUCCCCAAGGUCCGCAGACUCCAGCAACCGCUCCCCCCAAACCAUCGGUCCAGGAUAUGCAUCCAAGCAGAACCCACCAAAGCACAACUAAAGAGCCGGACUCUGGUCUGCGACUCGGUUUCACCAACAUUCAGAAGAGAGGAGACGACCAGCCAUCAGGAGUUGCGCAGCAAUCCCCCACCAAGGCUGGAAUCUCUGCAACCUUUGAUUUCAGAUUUGCUCGGCCCGGUGCCCAAUUGGGUUCUGAGGCCCAGCGAAUGAUGGAUGAGUUGCGUGAGGAGGCUCUCAAAAUCAAGGCCAAGAUGGCAGCUGAGAGAGAGCUAGAGAAGCGUCGGUUGGAAGAAGAAGAGAGACAGGCAGGUGGCAGCGCAGUCGCCGGUCGUAAGUUUGCAAAGCCAAAGGACAAGGCCGGCCGGUUCAGCGACGUACAUAUGGCGGAAUUCAACAAGAUGGAUUCGAUCGCUGGACACCCUUCCUCUUUCCGAGCACAACCAAAUUACGCAAAGCCUACAGGCAGCUUGAAGCGUACCCAGUCGAAGGCCAAUUUAGAUGAUGGAGAAGAAAACAACACCCUUCCUCAGUCGCGCAAGCCACAGACUUCCGAUCGUCCUGAGAACGCAGCUCCUGCCAAGCGCGCGCGUAAGGCUAUGGCCGAUGAUGCUUCGUCAUCUCGCCUUGUUUCCAGAGGUCGCAUCCCAAAACCAUCCACGCCAAAGCAUCCCCGUCCAGCAAACUUCCUCGCAGCCAUCUUAACACCAACUCAAGCAUCUCUAGCUCGCUCAGCUGCUGUCAAAACUCCUAGCUCUCAAAUUCCUACUCUUGCCAGAUCACCCUCCAAACCAAACCUCGUAAGUGGUAUCGCUCGUCCUCUGCCAAAGUCUGCGACCAGCGACAAUAUCUCUACGCUUCCGCAGUCUUCAUCGAAAGCUACUCUGCGGAGCCCUAGCAAAUUUGAGCGUGUCAAAUCCAUUCUUCGAAAUGUUAGCAGUCCAGGCAAGAAGCAAGUCGCCCCACAAACUUCUAUGCCGUCUCUACGCAGAAGUCCCAGUAAGCCUGAUCUCGCAUCGGCGUUUCCAAAAGCUCCUACCACCCCAAUUCGCCCAAACACUGCAACAGGUCAAAAGCAAGUCAACUUUGCACCUGACACGGCCAAUGAUGCACAAGCAGCUGUCUUGCAAAACUCUCCCUCGCCGAUGAAAUCUGGAAUACCUCGCUCGGCCUCUAAACCCAACUUGAAAGGCAAGGCAAUUGACGGCACCACAAAGUUGACACAGGACAAAGUAUUUCAUCCGUCGAUCGUUUCAACUCCCAACUCAGUCCAGCGAUCUCACGAAGUAGAGUACCCCUCCCUCUCUGGCGUUCGGCCCCUUCCGUUGACCAAAGAGGCUGUUCCUGCGCGUCCUCCGCCUUCAGUCCCUUCAGAGUUCACAUUCCGUAGUGAUCAUACCAUUAGCUUCGGAGCAUCCCCCAAAGGAUUCGGAGCAAUUUCUGGUCAAGCUAGUGUCCGUCAAGUCCGUCCCAGUAUCGCGCCUUCCAUGCCAGGAAGCUAUCCCGAAUUCAACAAAGAGAAUUCAAAACCACUUCCCUCUGUACCGCAUGGUAUGGCGAACAAGAAGCGACGACGUGCAGAUUCGGACGACGAGAACGAUGAAGGUGCUAAGCGAUCCCCCAAAAAGCAAAAGGCGGAAGUUGCUGAGGGUGCUAUGCUCAUGGCCCCAAGACUCAUUGCUACCCCCAAGUCAAAGUUGCCCACAAGUCCGGCGAAGAAGGGUGUCUUGAGUUUGAGUCGUCUUAAUAUGCUUGCCCGACCAAAGAUGCGAAAGUAAGUUGAGGUGAGAUUUACGAUACAAUGUCUGAUGAUGCGCCUUCUUCGAUGUUUUGCACGCCAGUAGUGGUUUACUUCGUUGUUUCGAGGAUCGCGGCAGUUUUUGAUAUUGUGCCUUGGAGAAUAGGAAAUCACGUUUGUUGUCCGUUGCAUAUGGACGGUUGCAUUAGCGCUGUGCUAUAUCCUAAACUGUUAGGAUCCAUGGCCGAUUUCAUUCGUGUCGGAGUUUGAUUUCGUUACAUAUUUUAUUACGCCAAAAAGCCCGACUUGGUUCAAGUGUUCAUACUUCAUAUGAACCUUUCUUUACAUAUUGUCGCCUGCCCACCUCUGCUCUGCCGAGUUGAUUUUUCCUUUGUAUGUUUUUCACCGAUGGACUCUUCUCAUGAUGUAGUGGAUAGUAGCUCCUUCCCAGUUGUGCUCCUUCUGAGCUUCUGCACUGGCGAGACAUAUUGUCAAUACAAAACUUUAAAAAAAGA